UGUCCCUGUUUAGGGACCAUGGCUGUGGCUGAGUUUAUGGCCAGCCUGUAGGCCAGUUAUGCUGGGUCACUCGUACAUUGUAGGGCGUUCGCAAUAUUUUGACUUAAUCAUGUAAUAAAAACAGUUUCAACGUUAAUUGGGAUUAUACUUGCAUAAAUUGCAAAAUGGCAUCAGAAUCCGUGAAAGUUGUGGUUAGGUGUCGACCUAUGAAUGCUCGAGAGAAAGCACUGAAUUGUAAAAUUAUUGUUUCAAUGGAGACUAGUCUCUGUCAGUGCUUCAUUGAGAAGCCAGGCGCCUCCAGCGAGCCACCGAAGCAAUUCACCUUUGAUGGGACUUACUUCAUUACCCAAACCACGGAGCAAAUGUACAACGAGAUUGCGUAUCCCUUGGUUGAAGGAGUGACUGAAGGUUAUAAUGGCACCAUAUUUGCUUAUGGCCAAACUGGCAGUGGCAAAUCGUACACCAUGCAGGGAGUAGUGGACCCGCCAUCCCAGAGGGGUGUCAUCCCCCGAGCGUUUGAACACAUCUUUGAGACCAUCCAGUGUGCGGAAAACACCAAGUUCCUGGUCAGAGCAUCCUACCUGGAGAUCUACAACGAGGAGAUCCGAGAUCUUUUGGGGAAAGACACCAAGCAGAAAAAAGAACUGAAAGAGCACCCAGAGCAUGGCGUGUAUGUGCGCGAGCUAUCCAUGCACACGGUACACAGCGUGGCGGAGUGCGAGCGCAUCAUGGCACAGGGCUGGAGCAACCGCUCGGUCGGGUACACCCUCAUGAACAAGGACUCCUCCCGCUCACACUCCAUCUUCACCAUCCACCUGGAGAUCUGCAACACCGAUGUGUCGGGUGAGGACCACCUGCGGGCAGGCAAGCUGAACCUGGUAGACCUGGCGGGCAGCGAGCGCCAGACCAAGACGGGCGCCACGGGCGAGCGGCUACGCGAGGCCACCAAGAUCAACCUCUCGCUGUCGGCGCUGGGCAACGUCAUCUCGGCGCUGGUGGACGGGCGCUCUAAGCACGUGCCCUACCGCGACUCCAAGCUGACGCGCCUGCUCCAGGACUCCCUGGGGGGCAACACACGCACCCUGAUGGUGGCGUGCCUCUCGCCCGCGGCCGACAACUACGAGGAGAGCCUGAGCACGCUGCGCUACGCCAACCGGGCCAAGAGCAUCCAGAACCGGCCGCGCAUCAACGAGGACCCCAAAGACGCCCUGCUGAGGGAGUACCAGGAGGAGAUCAAGCAGCUCAGGAUGAUGCUGUCAGGACAGCUGGGCACUGACAACAUCACAUCUCUGCUGGCGCGCCAGAUGUCGGAGUCGGAGGCCAGCCCUGGGGCCCGCCCCUCCAGACCUCAGUCCAGCACCAUGGAGAGCGAGGCGGAGAAGGAGAAGAUCAAACAGGACUACGAGGUGAAGCUGGCCCGUCUGCAGGCGGAUUACGACGCCGAGCAGCAGUCCAAGGCCAAGCUGCAGGAGGCCAUCGCCAUCCUGCGGACCUCCUACGAGGCCAAGCUCAUCUGCCUGGAGACGGUCAAGGCCGCGAGAUCCAACAACGCCAACACCACUACCACCAGCACGGGGGGGCAGCAGAGUGCAACACCUUUCAGAGAAGAAGAAGAGAGGGAGGAGGAGGAGGAGGAGAAGGAGGAGGGAGAGACUGAGAGGUCUCCUGGCCAUGGUAGGGCCCAGGGGAGUGAGGCUGAGGAGAGAGAGCUGGCUCAGGCACAGACGGAGGGCCCUCUCCAAUCCGUGGUCCAGGCCCAGUCAGAGGAGGGUCCUGUGGGCAGGAGGCAGGGAGAGCCUGAGGGUGACGGAGGGUCGCCAGAGACCACUCAGCUGGACCAAAAGCACGUCCUCAAGAGGCUGCAGCAGCUGGAACAGGAGUUUGUGGGCGGCGAGCAGGCGCGUAACGAAGAGCUGAGGCAACGGCGGCGCCAGAGGAAGACGCUGGCCGACCAGCGGAAGAAGCAGCUGAUCGAGGCCCUGAAGCAGGACAGCGAGGAGGGCGACAGCGUGCUCCUCAACGUCUACGACUCCAUCCAGGAGGAGCUGCACGCCAAGAGCAGGGCCCUGGAGAACAGCCAACAGAAGUUGAAGGCAGCCAAGCUGGAGAUCCGCGACCUGGCGUCAGAGUUUGAGCUGGAGCGUGACGACUACCUGGCCAGUCUCCGGCGGCUGGAGCGCGAGGGCCAGCUGCUGCAGGCCCUGCUGGAGCGCAUGGCGCCCCUAGUGCGCCGCGACUGCAACUACAGCAACGUGGAGCGGCUGCGCAGGGAGGCGGCCUGGGACGAGGAGAGCGGCACCUGGAGGCUGCCCGAGGUGCUGGUGCAGAAGACUGCCCUGCCCGCAGCAGUGUCUACUCCGGUGGCGUCCCCAGCAGGCCGAGUCCCUGGGCGCCGCAACUCGGGGCCGGAACCUGGAGAUGCUGCACCCUUCAUAGAGGAGGAGGAGGACCGCUACAAGGAGAUGCUGAACCGCAGUGACAGUGAGAACAUCGCCAGCAACUACUUCAAGUCCAAGAGGGCCACCCAGCUGCUCUCGGGAGAGCCCAUUAAGGCUAUGGCCCUCCACUCCAGUCCCCUGGGUAACGGCAGCCCCCACCUGACCUCCAGCGGCAGCAACCUGACCCUGGUGGCCUCCCACGGUGGCCCCCCCUCCGACUCCCUCAUGCCCAGACCCUUCCGCCUGGAGGCCCUGGGCUUCCCCCCAGCCAACGGCAAGGCCAAGCGGAAGAAGAGCAAAGCCCACACCUCCUAGGAUGGCAAGUGAGGCCGGGUGGGUGGGUGAGUGUAUACUGGGUGUGUACACUCUGGUGACUGAGAGCUGGUGUGGUGGUGCCGGUGAUGAUGGUGGUCAUCACAAUGAGGAGAUAGCAGUAGUUUCCUUUUUCCCCCUUUUUUGUUACUCUGGACUUGAAAUAUUUAUUUUAAUCUGCACUUGACCUGGCUGGGAAGGUCUGAGUGAAAACCCAGGUAGCGAGUGCUUUACACAUUGAUUGAUCAUUGAACUGGAUGAAUGCAUCAUCGGAGUCGGUGCAGAAGAUGAUUUCUACGAGAGUACUCUGCAAUAUGUGACGCGCUGCCAUGGACAUGUAGUUCUGCUGCUUCUGUAUGAGAUUUGUGGCUGCUUGUGUGUUGAUCUUUGUUAAACAACUGUGACAUAACUCUCUUGAACUACCGACGUCUGAGACUACUACCAUAUAUACGUAUAUAAAAUGAAAAUUUAGAAUCAUAGUUCACUUAUGUUUCAAUUCAAAUGUUAAUUAUGGAAUAGCAAUAUUGAACUAUCAUGUCUACAAAAUGUACUAGUAAUAAUAAAUUAUUUCAACUGCC